UGGAAAUCUAAUUCCAUAUUAUAGUAGCUUCUUUGUGUUUGGUAUUGUGUGUUCCUGAAAACCACGGAGAUUUGUUACGUUGACUUUCUUUGUUGUUGCAAUCAAUUUUGGAGAUUCCAUUCCACCAUGGCUUCCACCAUCAAUGAUUUUGCGUACGAUGUGUUUCUUAGCUUCAGAGGCGAGGAUACUCGCUAUGGUUUCACCGGCAAUCUCAAGAAAGCUCUUGUUGAUAAAGGAGUCAGAACUUUCAUGGAUGACGUGGAGCUUCAAAAAGGGGAUGAAAUCACUCCAUCACUUCUCAAAGCAAUUGAAAAUUCCAAAAUUGCCAUCGUUGUCCUCUCUAAAAACUAUGCUGCUUCCUCUUUUUGUUUACAAGAACUUUCUAAGAUCCUUGAUUCAAUGAAAGUUCAGGGUCGUUUUGUUUUGCCGGUUUUUUAUAAGGUAGGUCCUUCUGAUCUACGAAAGUUAGAAAAGACUUAUGGAGAAGCAAUGGCUAUACAUAUGGCCAACUCCAAUCCUAACAUAGAUAAAUGGAAGGCGUCUCUUCACAAAGUUGCUAAUUUCUCCGGCUUUCAUUACAAGAAAGGGGAUGUGUAUGAGUAUGAGUUUAUUGGAACAAUUGUUGAAGAGGUCUUAAGAAAGAUAAAACUUGUUGCCUUACCUGUUGGUGAUUACUUAGUUGGACUAGAGUCCCAAAAGGAACAUGUGACUUCGCUUUUGAAUGAAGUCAACAUGGUAGGGAUCCAUGGAAUUGGUGGAAUAGGGAAAACAACUCUUGCUCUAGCAGUUUAUAAUUUGAUUUGCCAUCAAUUUCAAGGUUCUUGUUUUCUUGAAAAAGUCAGAGAAAAUUCAGACAAAAAUGGAUUGAUAUAUCUCCAAAAGAUCCUUCUGUCUCAAAUUGUUGGAGAUAAGAAUAUUGAGAUAACAAGUGUGAGACAAGGAAUUUCAAUAUUACAACAGAGGCUCAACCAAAAGAAGGUUCUUUUACUUCUAGAUGAUGUCGACAAUGAGGAGCAAUUACAGGCUAUUGCUGGAAAAUCUGAUUGGUUUGGUCUUGGAAGUAGAGUCAUCAUCACAGCUCGGGACAAACGGUUACUAACAUGUCAUGGGGUUGAACGUACAUAUGAGGUGAAGGGUUUGAAUAACAAAGAUGCUUUUGAGUUGCUUAGAUGGAAAGCUCUUAGAAAUGAAUUUAGUCCAAGCUAUAACGAUUUUUUAUUAGCACAAUUGCAUAAUCCAAAAUUGUAUGCGAACAAAUUAAUUAGACAGAAGACUAACAUAGUUAUUUCAGGUUAUGCGCAUGUUUUAGAACGUGCUGUAGCAUAUGCUUCUGGUCUCCCGCUCGCUUUGGAAGUCAUAGGUUCUCACUUUUUUAAUAAGACAAUAGAGCAAUGUAAAUAUGCACUAGAUCGUUAUGAAAGGGUUCCCGAUAAAAAGAUCCAAACAACACUACAAUUGAGCUUUGAUGCUUUGCAGGAAGAAGAGAAGUCUGUUUUUCUUGACAUUUGUUGUUUCUUCAAAGGAUAUAAAUUGGAAAGGGUCGAACAAAUACUUCAUGCUCAUCAUGGUGUUAUCAUGAAAGAUCAUAUUAAUGUGUUAGUGGAAAAAUCUCUCAUAAAAAUAAGUGAGUCUGGUUAUGUGACAUUACAUGAUUUGAUAGAGGAUAUGGGGAAAGAAAUUGUUAGACAAGAAUCACCGGAAGAUCCUGGAAAACGCAGUAGGUUAUGGGCCUCUAAAGAUAUAAUUCAAGUUUUACAGGAAAAUACGGGAACAAGUAAAAUUGAAAUCAUACAUUUGAACCGUUGGAAUAUUGAAGUAGAAUGGGAUUCCAAAGCUUUCAAGAAGAUGGGAAAACUCAGAACACUCAUUAGUAGCAAUGUUGAUUUAUCCAAAAGUCCCAAAUAUCUUCCCAAUAGUCUCAGAGUAAUGGAAUGGUACGAUUGUCCGUCAUCAAAUUUACCAUUUGAUUUUUAUCAGAAGAUUGAUAAAUCAGUUGGUUAUUUAUGUAAUCUUAAAAUUUUGAGAAUUAUAAGAUGCAUGAAAAUCAGGAUUAUUCCACCUCUCCUGUUAGCUUCUCUAGAAGAACUUAAUAUAUCAGAUUGUACAAGUCUCGAGACUUUUUCACCUGUAGUUGAUGGAUUUGUGGAUAAACUUAAAACCAUGAGUAUUAGAAGCUGCAUCAAGCUAAGGAGUAUUCCACCUCUCAAGUUGGCUUCUCUAGAAGAACUCGAUCUUUCAGAGUGUUAUUGUCUUGAGAACUUUCCACAUGUGGCAGAUGGGUUGUUGGGUAAACUUAAAACAAUGAGCCUUAGAUGUUGCUUCAAGCUAAGGAGUAUUCCACCUCUUAAGUUGAAUUCGCUAGAAAAACUUGAUCUUUCACGUUGUUAUAGUCUCGAGAGUUUUUCACCUGUGGUGGAUGGGUUUCUUGGAAAACUUAAAACCCUGCUUGUUACAAGUUGUCACAAUCUCAUUAGUAUCCCACCUCUCAAGUUGGAUUCUUUAGAAGAACUUGAUCUUUCACAUUGUUAUAGUCUUGAGAGUUUUCCACCUGUGGUAGAUGGGCUGGCGGAUAAACUUAAAACCAUGAGUAUUAGAAAUUGCAUCAAAAUUAGAAUUAUUCCACCUCUGAUGUUGUCUUCUCUAGAAAAACUCGAUCUUUCAAAUUGUACUAGUCUCGAGAGUUUUUCACCUGUGGUAGAUGGGUUGAUGGAUAAGCUUAAAAUCAUGAAUGUUAGAAGUUGCAUCAACCUAAGGAGUAUUCCACCUCUCAAGUUGGAUUCGCUAGAAAAACUUGACCUUUCAAAUUGUUAUAGUCUCGAGAGUUUUCCACCUGUGGUGGAUGGGUUUCUUGGAAAACUUAAAACCUUGCUUGUUACAAGUUGUCACAAUCUCAGGAGUAUUCCACCUCUCAAGUUGGAUUCUUUAGAAGAACUUGAUCUUUCAUGUUGUUAUAGCCUCGAGAGUUUUCCAAGUGUGAUGGAUGGAUUGUUGGAUAAACUUAAAUUCUUGAAUAUUGAACAUUGUAUCAUGCUUAGGAGUAUCCCACCGCUCAGGUUAAGUUCGUUGGAAAAGUUCAAUCUUUCAUAUUGUCUAAGUCUCGAGAGUUUUCCAAAAAUAUUGGGAGAGAUCAGAAAUAUACCAGGACUUCUCUUGUAUGAAACUCCCAUAAAAGCAUUUCCAUUUCGGAAUCUUACUCCGCCUCCAACAUCAUAUCCAUGUAAAUGUGGAAUUGCUCAAUUUCCAAAUAGAGUUGUGGCGAUGUCAAUGCUUGCCGAAUUUACCAUCAUGGGUGAAGGAAAAGUGAUCCCAAUGCAAUCUUCACAUGUAGAAUAUAUUUGUCUCAGGAACUGUGAACUUUCAGAUGAAUAUCUAUCAAAAAGUCUCAUGUUGUUUGCAAAUGUGAAAGAAUUACACCUAACCAACAAUCAAUUCACAGUUCUUCCUAAAUCAAUUGAAAAAUGUCAUUUUUUAUGGAGACUUGUCUUGGAUGAUUGUGAGGAACUUCAGGAAAUUAAAGGGAUUCCUCCUUGCUUAAGAAUGUUAUCUGCACUAAACUGUCAAUCGUUGACUUCGUCAAGCAAAAGAAAAUUACUAAAUCAGGAAUUACACGAGGUUGGAAACACUUGGUUCCAUUUGCCACGAGCAAAGAUUCCAGAGUGGUUCGACCACCAAUGCUCGGAAGGAUUAUCAGUUUCUUUCUGGUUUCGUAACAAGUUUCCUGACAUAAUUCUCUGUGUUGGUUCUCCAUUGACAUGGUUCCCUAAUCAUCUACAUCGUGUAAGGGUGAUCAUCAAUGGCAAUACAUUUUUCUAUACACAUGGUUUAAAUAUAGGUUGCUCACUGAAGAAAAUGUAUCAUUUACAUCUUUUUCAUAUGAAAAUGGAAAAGUUCAAUGAUAAUAUGGAUAAAGCACUUUUAGAAAAUAAGUGGAACCAUGCAGAGGUUGACUUCGGAUUCGCAUUCCAGAAAAGUGGAAUCCAUGUAUUGAAAGACAAAAGCAACAUGAAAGAUAUUCGAUUCAAUGACCCAGAAAAUGAUGCUAACAUUGUGUUACGCCCGGGAUGUUGAAGCAGAAGAGAGCAUUGGUCACUCUUUUUUUAACUGCUUUUCUCAGGGUACUGAUAUUCCAGAAGCCACUCUACCAGAGCCCUUUAGCCAAAAUUCUUGUAACUUGAUUUUCAAAGACGGACCUGUAAAUUUGUCAACGGAACUUUCAUCAACUUACAGUGACGUUGAACUGUCGCUGAACAACUUACAUUUGAGUCCAUCUUUUAGAAAACAUUUUUCGCAGAAUCUAAAAACUCGCUGUCAUCCAAUUAAUCUGACUGCCUUGACCACCAAGGAAGUGAAAGCACAUUGCAGAAAGAACGCACACAACUGUCUGAUUGUGUCAGUAAUCUUAACGCAGAAAGAGGCAAGCAGAAGGAAUUACCCUCAAUGUGUUUUCAACCAAAUGUUAUCAAUAUACACCAGUACAUAAGAUCUCCCCACCAUGUUCUGAAAGCCCUGAUUGGAAAAUUGUCUCCGGUACUGAUAGUUUGUUGACACGGACACCUACACUGUUAGCACCUGAGAGAUUGGUGCUUGGUUCUGAUGUUAAGCUUUAAAAAAUGACUGGUCAGGCAGUGGUGAUUUGGACAAUAGAGUAGAGGAUGUUCUGAGGAUUUCAAAUGUUUUGAUUCUGUUUCCCUACUUCAGAAGGGACAAGAGAACCUUUAUCAU